CUUCCAGUAUGACACAGUGCGGGUUACGCGUUGCAUUGUGGGGGUAAAAAUAUAGCAUAGAUAAGACAACGGGAACCACAAAGGAAUGAAAACAGUACCUCGGUAACUGUUUUCAUUUACCGAGGGGUAGAACCUAUUUAUGGGAAUGUGAAUCCGUCAGAGCGGCCUCAAACGGUGAGCAGGGGCGGCUGGCCUCAGAGGAGCGGGGAAUGUGAGCGGGUGUUGCGGCGCAGCUGCAGCAGGGCGCACCGCUGUCUUCGACUGCUUUUUGUCAGCUGAGCCAUCAGCAUCCAGAGGCCCCGGCUGCUUUUCCAGGCCUCCCGCCCAAAGGACACAUUUGCUUUACACAGUAAGGAGGACUCCAUCAUGGGGGUGAAAACCUUCACCCACAGCUCAACUUCCCACAGCCAGGAGAUGCUUGAUAAGCUGAAUGCUUUGCGCAAUGAGGGUCACCUCUGUGAUGUUACCAUCCGGGUUCAGGACAAGCUCUUCCUAGCACACAAGGUGGUCUUGGCAUGCUGCAGUGAGUUCUUCCGUUCCAAGCUUGUGGGCCGACCAGAAGACGAGGAAAAGUUUGUGUUGGAUCUCCAUCACGUGACGAUUAGUGGCUUUGCUCCGCUUCUGGAAUAUGCCUACACCUCCACUCUUUCCAUCAGCACAGAGAACAUCAUCGACGUCCUGGCAGCAGCCAGCUACAUGCAGAUGUUUGCCGUAGCUAGCACAUGUUCCGAGUUCAUGAAGUCCAGCAUCUUGUGGAGCCCAACAAACAACAACAGCAGCAGCAUAGCGGUGGACAAGGCGCGUGAAGUGGCGCCUGAGAGCGCUUCGUCACACUGUGCCCUGACGCCGCUGGAUGGCAGUGUGUCCCCUGUGUCGUCCGACUGCAGCGUGAUGGAGAGGAAUGUUCCCAUCUGCCGGGAAUCCCGACGAAAACGAAAAAAUUUUGUGACAAUUGCAUCGCCGGAGAGCCCACUCAAAUGCACUGCACAGAUGGUCAACACCUCCCCUCAAAUCCCCAACCCAUCGCCCUCAUUUUCAGAUGGCCCGGCCCAGGCGGUGGAGUCUUCCCUGGCUUUUCCCUGGACGUUUCCCUUUGGCAUUGACCGGAGGUUUCACUCAGACAAAUCUAAGCUGCCGGAGAGCCCCCGCUGUUUGGAGGCAGGUACCCCCGGGACCUCGGAGGGCGUGGUUGCCCGCCGGCUCAGUGACUUCUUGACGUGCCAGAGCUCCAAGGUGGUGUCAUCGCCAGUGGCUACAGAGGAGGAGGACGUGAGGGUGAAGGUAGAGCGACUCAGUGACGAGGAGGUUCAGGAGGCAUCUUCCCAACCCGUCAGCGCCUCUCAGAGCUCCAUGAGCGACCAGCAGACGGUGCCAGGGAGUGAGCAGGUCCAGGAAGAGCUUCUUAUCAGUCCACAGUCCUCUUCUAUAGGAUCAAUGGAUGAAGGUGUGUCAGAAAGCCUGCCUUCCAUGCAAAGCACCUCUAACACUGGAGGACACACAGAGGAUGAUGAGAGGCUGGAAGGUAUCCAGUAUCCAUACCACCUCUAUAUAAGCCCAUCGGCUCGACCUGGCACCAAUGGGCCAGACCGGCCUUUUCAAUGCCCAACCUGUGGAGUCAGAUUCACACGCAUUCAAAACCUGAAACAGCAUAUGCUCAUACACUCCGGCAUUAAACCUUUCCAGUGUGAUCGCUGUGGGAAAAAGUUCACACGGGCCUACUCCCUAAAGAUGCAUCGGCUGAAGCACGAAGGUAAACGCUGUUUCCGGUGCCAGAUUUGUAGCGCCACAUUCACGUCCUUCGGUGAAUAUAAGCACCACAUGAGGGUCUCCCGACACAUAAUCCGCAAGCCGCGGAUUUAUGAGUGCAAAACAUGCGGCGCCAUGUUCACCAACUCUGGCAAUUUAAUUGUACACCUGAGGAGUCUGAACCAUGAGGCAUCCGAGCUAGCAAACUACUUCCAGAGCAGUGAUUUCCUCGUGCCCGACUACCUGAGCCAGGUGCAGGAGGAGGAGGAGGCACUGGGAGUUCCAUAUGAGCUGGAGGAAUCCCAACAUCACCCAGUUUACCUGGGCAGCACCUCCAAUGUCGCCACCACCACUGCCUCAUCCUCUUCCUCAGUCCAAAUGCCGGUCAUCUCCCAGGUCUCCUCUUCCACACAGAACUGUGAAAGUUCCUCUGGCUUACUUACACCUGAGCCCCUGGAUCCCCCGGAAGCCCCAACCUCCAAUAAGAUGAACGCCGAUGAAACGGCAGUUAUGACAGAAAACAAGAUGAAUGACGGUGUCAGGGACAGUUCCCCAGAGGAGUUUGGAGGGGAACAGCCUAAGGAGGUGGCUUCCAUUACCAUAGAGUGAUCCAAGUCUUCUUCCUGCCCCCUGAUGUAUUUUGCACUCAGGUUAUAUGGGAAUAUAAGUCUAAAUGUUUGGAAGACUGAAAGAACUCGGAGAUCCACAAUGCAGCCCUUAUACGGAACAAUGGAAACGCUACAGUGUUUUCAAAAGAUGCUGUUGAUUUGAUGACAUCGUUUUACAUGCAAAAACCACAGCACUUCUUCAGAUUUCACACUAGUUCAUUGGCUGGGGAAUCCAGAACUCACAGCCUCCUUGCUCCCUGAAAGCCAGCAUUAUUUUAGCAGUUUUAACAACACUGUUUUUUUUUUCCCAUAUGACUUGAAUGCAGCACCGUCUCAAGUCAGUGAAGUGUCAGCCAAUUGGAGGUCUGUCCGUUCCAAGCCUUGCUCUACUUUUAGAAAGUGCCUGAGAGUUCACACUUUAGCAAAGUCACAUAAAAGAAAUGAAGUGAUAAAUCAAGUCUUUGCAAACUGAUCUAAAAUGGUCCUUGUAUUACAUUUGUUAUAGUAAUGCUAGUUUGUAUGGGCAGAAACUGUGUUACUCAUUUGGUGCCGUUGCUAUUGGCAAAAAUUACAUGUCAAUAUUAAUCUAUCUUGCAAUAGCUUGUACUGUACUUCUAUAUGAAUGCUGUGUAUGUUGACUGUUGUUCUAUGAUGUGUGUGUAUGUGCAUUUCUAUGACCAGUAUGAACACAGUGCAUUUUCUUUUCUAAAUGUUUCAAACUUGAACUGUACUGACAAAGUGUCUCCUAAAGCUAUCUGUGCAGUGGCAACACUGUUUUGACUGGUUCCACAGUUUGACUUGUCAGUGAACACUGUUGUGAAAUCCAACUCUGGUUCUACUGAAAAGCAAAAUUCUCUGUUUCUAGAUCAGUUUGGAUAUGUGUUUUUGCCCUUUAAAUCCAGGGUCAAACAAAAGACGGACGGUUUAAGGUUACUUCAUAAAUAGGCAUGGGAUUGUCAUGACAUAAAACAGCCCCUGACAUUCACAUUGAGAAUUAGAACCAAAUGCCAAGGACAGGGGUGGGCACUCCUGGUCCUCGGGGCCGGUGUCCUGCAACUCUUGGAUGUCUCCCUGGUCCAACACAGCUAAAUCAAAUCACUGAAUCACCUCCUAAAUGCAGUCAGGUUCUCCAGAGUUCUGCUAAUGACCUCAUUAUUUGACUCAGGUGUGUUGAAGUAGAAACACAUCAAGAAGUUGGAGGAGACUGGCCCUUGAACCCUGGAAUUGCCCACCCCUGACCUAGAAUCUGAUCAAAUUGGUUUUAUCGUGAAGAAAAGGCAACAACUCCUACAACUUUUAAAGUAACAUAACAUGGAAUAUUACAGCUAUAUUUUAUUUGUAACCUUCAUUCAGUGUCAUUUUGAUCCAUUGAAAAUGUUAGGAGCAGCAUGAUGAACAUGUUAGUUCAUCUUUUUGCUAACCUUUGUGCACUCAUGCCUAUUUCCAACUGCAGGUAAGUAUCACUACGUUCACACUGAAUGUGUAAUCACUUGCUAUUUUACCCUAACUGAAGCUCAGCCACUUUUUUUGCCAUUGUUGUUUGCAGUUGCUUGAUUAGCCGUCAGUACAUUGCUAAUGAUGUUAGCAUAAUGCAUUUGAGUAAUGGUUCCACUUAGGUAAAAUAUGACAGUUUUUUUUUUUGUUUAUUUUGUUUAUUUUUGUUUAUUUUACUUUACUUACGCAGAGACAACAAUGUUUUCAGUAGUUCAAUUUUACAGUUGCAAGUUCUCUGUGUAGUUUGACAUUUUUAUUUCUGCAUUUAUGGAUUUUUCUCUCCACUUUGUGUGAGCAGAGAACUCACCAUGCAGCAGUCGGUUCCUGCUUUGGGGAUGUUGUAACAAGUUAUCUAUUUAUAGUCCAACUGUAAGUAAAUGUGGUUUUGAGGGUGUUAUUUUUGGAUUGGAUCAGGAUCAAAAAUUAAUUUUUCAUAAGCUGAAACUGGUCCAAUCUUCAGAAAUUAUAAACUUAGUUUAUAAGUUAGAUAUGAAGAUUUCGAUGAUCACAAAUUUCUCCAAAUCACUGAAAACAGGUAACUAGCAAGAUACAAAGAUAAAAUAAUACACAGUGAUUACAUUUGUAAGAAUAUGUUCAUUCAUGGGUAAGAAAUUAAUUUUGGGAGGAAUAAAAUGACAUUGAUCAAGAGCCUCGUUUUAGACACAUUAUUAGGAACACCUGUGUUGUGAAAUCAAAUAUUGCCUCCAAGUUCAAGUAGAUAUUUCAAUAUGAGUCAUCUAUUUACAGUAUGGAAAAAGAGAAGGGUAGAGAUGUCCUGUUGUUGUCUGAUGCUUUUGUGGGUAACUAACUGCAACAUGUAGGAUUUGUUUUUGUCAUUGCAGCUGGACCAUUUUUCAGAUUUACUGUAAGCAAGUCCCAAACAGAAAUAUUGUGGUGGCAUUGCUUUAGCAAUAGAGAAGCACUGAGCAGAUACAUGUCUCUCUUACUUGAUUUGCAGUUUUUGUCAGAUUUCAACACUCAAACAGAUUUUUCCUAUUUGUUUUUUGUAAGAACAGCAUUCAGAAUCUUGUUUUACUACAGGUCCUGCUGUAAACGGCCAUGUUUUUUUUGUGUGUGUUUUACUUAGAAGAGCUGAUAUGUCUGUGAGAGAGAGCUGUCACUGUUCAGCUGUUUUAUUUUAAAACAAAGUGAUUAUUCAUUUUCAAAUGACUAAUUAGACUGACUUGAGCAUUCAGCAUAGUUAAAAUAGAACAGACCCAACAUUGACUGAAACUGUAAAAAGGUUUCAAAGAUUUCUGAAUUUAGUGUGUUUCAUAUCAUAUAGUUAGGAGUGCCAAAUUACAAGAUAUAAAUAAUUGUUAAUGAAAUAAUUAUUUAAAUCUGUCAUUAAUUUGAUAAAACUGUAAAUACAUGCCAAUGUAAAUGAAUAGGGCAUGAAUUUUAUGGACCUCAAUUUAAUUGUAUUGAAGAUAUUUCUGCACUUUCCAGCAAAGAAAUUGACCUCACACUCAUAUAAUUAUCAUAGAAGAAGGUCUUAAUUUGUUGCUUGAAGCAGCCAAUCAGAGACUCCAAUGAAUUCAAAUGAAGUUUGUCUGUCUGUCUGUUUAUUAGGAUCCUCAUUAGCCGUUGCUGUAACUAACAGUGGCUGAUGAGGGUUCUGAGGUCCACAUGAUAAAAAUAGCUUUUAUUACAAAAACAGUUAUACACAUUCAACAUAAUAUUAGGAACACCGCAUAUUAAUUAAUAAAUGUACAGUUAUAACACUUUGUCAUAAAAUAAUGAACCAGGGCUGUUUAAAAAGUUCUAGCAUUUGUUACAUUUAUGACAGAUGAAAGAAGUGAGUUCCUCUAAAUACUAACCGUCUUUUCAGCAUUCCUGUUGCUAGCUUUUUAAAGCAUGUCUUGUAUUAAAAUUGUGUGCAAUCUGGUUAAAUAAAAGUUAAUUGUGUAUAAAAUCGGGCUGCACAGUGGCGCAGUUGGUGGCACUUCUGCCUUGCAGCAAGAAGGUCCUGGGUUUGAUUCCUGGUCUUUCUGGAUGGAGUUUGCAUGUUCUCCCUGUGCAAGGUGGGUUCUCUCCAGGUACCCCGGCUUUCUCCCGCAGACCAAAAACAUGACAGUCAGGUUAAUUGGUCUUUCUAAAUUCAAUUUAGGAUUAGGAUGAUUGUUUGUUUUAUCUGUUUCUGUGUUGCCCUGGUGACCUGUCCAGGGUCCCUCGCGACCUCACUAGGGACAAGGUGGAAUGGAUGGAUUAAUAUAUAAAACAACUGGUAUUUUAUAAAAAAGCAUAAGAGGGCAAUGUCUCUUAUUUUCAAUCAAGGGCCAUUCUAAUGCUUUUUGCAUCCUGAUAUUUGUGCAUUUCAUCAAGCAUAGUGCUGUAGCCAAUAUUACAUAUUGUAACUUAAAUUUUAUAUAACUGUGUAGUGCAUUGUUAUAUUUAUUUCCUUUUUAAAUAAAUGAAAUAAUUAUUUGAUAGGUCACUCCAUUUGAAGUUACUUCCUUUGUCUUUAGCGCAACCUGAUAGCUCUUGGGUUUGAUGUGUUCAGUGACCAGUGGAGGGUUGGAAUUUUGUGUUUCUGACCCGGUGCAUCUAUUGUAUUUAUGGAGCAGCUGGUGCAUGCUGAUGUAUGGGUGUGAAUACUGAGUCCAUCAUUUUUGUAACAGCAUUGUGUUUGUGUUUUUUGGAGUUGCUGUCCUGCUCAUGUGGGUCGUGGUGCCUGUGUUUGGAGGAGCUCAUGACCGCCAUGGUGAUUCUCUGAAUUAGAUGCUACUGACAGUGACUCCAUUUCUCCUUCUUGUUUUGGGAUUAGUCCAUUCAAUGUAAGACAUAGGUGCUCACAUACAGGGUUGAUUGUAGAGGUUGGCUUCAAUAGUGCUGUUAUAUGGCCAUGUCCUGAAACCAGUCAAAACUGGUGGUAGCUUGUACCAUCCUCACAGUCACUUUUCUUUCUUGUUUUAAAUGUGCCAUUUGCCCUUUAUAUCUGGGUAGAAAUAUUUUUUUCAAAUACGGGACCAAAUGUUCUCUGUCUCAUUGGGGAUUUGCCGUGGCAAUCAGUUGCACAUAGUGGAAGAAAAAGAUAAUCAUUCUAAGUAGUUCAUGCUGUUCAGCAUAGGGGUCCUGCUGUUGUGGCCCUUAAGACACUGUAUGAUGUUGUGCAUUUAAGAGGCCAGCCUUAGUAAAUGGACCUAUUUUCUCUAGUUGCACAAUGUUAAAAAAAAGAAUUGUUUUCUAUCCUCCUUGUCCUGCUUUUCAGUUGUUGUGCUUUGUGUCUGUAUUCUAACAUUUUUUUAUUGUUGUUUUAAAUGAUGAAAUGCUGCUGUUUGUUGAAACGCAAAAGUGCCCAAAAUAUUUUUGUGAACCGAUGGUGUGCAAUAAAUGGACUGGUGGUGUUUU